AUGCCUGGUCCAGGUGGUGGCCCUCCACGCAAGAGCCAUACCAAGUCCCGUAACGGUUGCAAGACUUGCAAAAGGAGGCAUAUUCGAUGCGAUGAGACCUUUCCUCAAUGCCGCAACUGCACCAAGCACAACUGCCGCUGUGACUACCAAGAUGUCGCCGCCGCGCAGGGAAGCCCACCAGCCUCCACAACACGCGGGCCCGACCUGCUCAUGUCGCCCGAGAUCGAAAUGGAAAUCGACAACUGGCAUCGCACCGGCGUCCCCCCAUACCCUGAACUGAUCCAGUGUCCUCGCUCCGGCUGGUCAGGCUUGUCCAAGGCGGACCUGCGCUUGAUCCAUCAUAUCAUCGGUCUCUCGAUCGACCUCCACCGACGUGGCCUAGCUGGCUGCACGGUGUGGGCACAGAAGAUGCCCAAUCUCUUGGCCAUCUCGCUGUCGUAUGAUUUUGUGAUGAGCUCGAUCCUAGCCCUCUCGGCGUUCCAUCUUGCGUUCAUCACUCGAGAUCAAGAAACCAGGCAACUGGCCUAUCACCACCGGGGAAUCGCUCUCCAGGGUCUUCAAACCGCUCUCGGAUCAUUCUCCAAGGAAAAUUGCGACGCCAUCCUGGCGGCCUCCAUCCUCUUGUUAUGGUUGGCGGGUGAUCAUCAAAGCUGGGCGUCCCUCCAACAAGGAAUUUCGACCGUGCUCGAAUCCAUGCACCCAUUUUGGAGGCAGCAGUCGGAGCUGGCGCGGUUCGUGGAGGAUCAGCGAGCACUGAACAUUACAGACGUCUCACCAGGGGCCAGCGAGUACCAGCCCAUAGAAGAAGAGAUGGUACAGCUGGACCAGACAAUCCAAGCACUCAAGCUCACUAAAAAGCGCGUCUCGCACAACCUCGAACACUCACAGCGGCUGGGCGAGCUGCUUGAUUUCCUAGAAAAGUUCCGCGAAGAUCUCCCCACCCAGACCCCCGAACAAUCAUUCGAGCGAAGCAUAGUCCUGCGCCGGUGGCUAUUCUGGCUUCCACCAUCUAUGCUCCGCGGCGGCGACUCCGAGGUCACCGCGCUAGCAAUCAUCUCCCAGUUCUUCGCCGUCGGGAUCACGCUCGACCGUUUCUUCCCCGAAAUGGGCGGUGCCUAUCUAGGCUCCCUCUCUGUCGGACCCAUUGAGGAGAUGUACCGCAUCAUCGUCGCCCACAGCGCCACAGAUCCCUUCAGCGCCGACCUCCGUCUAGCACUGACUCUAAUGGAUAUGCCCCGUCGCGCCGUCGCCCGAUAUCGCAGCCGCUUGUCCUGGUCACCACAGGGUUCCACCGGGGAGCACUACUCACCCAGUCCGUCAAGCCCCUACCUGCACGCUCUGCAUGACUACCCUCUCGCUUCAUCUUCCUCACCCGUUUCCGCAUCCCCCUCACACGCCGCCUACACGCCCCCACUCCAGUCGCCGCCCGCCGUCACGGUCGCUGGCUCACCGUUCCAUUUAUCAGAUGGUGGCUACAUCACCGCCGCUCCCUCGCAUCAUUCUCUUUACCCUCCCUCCCCACAACUCCAGCUCGACACCAGCGAUGCACAGCUGGGUCUGCCGGGACUGGGCCAUCAUGCCGGCUCCAUCUCGCCCUCGUCAGCAUUUACCCCUCCCUACGCGGACGAUAAUCUCUGCGCUGACAUGCCACGCGCAGACGGCACUCUGGGGUUGAAUAUGAUUUAUCCACAUCCGCAGACACAUGCCUUUGAAAUCCCCGGUCUGGUUGCGCCAGAGUCGUGCUGGACAUGA